ACGUCGUCUGCGAAGCGGCCCCAACGCCUCUGGGACCAGGCCUAUGACGCCCUCAAACAAGAAGAGCCCGCCUUGGUGGCCACAUACGAGAAGAUCUUGUCCUGCCAACUUUAAAACGGCCUUGGCUCCCGGGUGCCCGAGGCCCAGUCCAACGAAAUCGCCCAGGAUGACCCGGACGUGCGCCGAUGCCAGAUGAAGCGGCUUAUCCAAGGCGGCCUCGACAAGACGGCCCGCGAGGCCAAGGAGAAAGAGCGGAUCGGCGUCGUCAUGGAUGGCGUAUUGGCAACCGUGAACGUCGUGAGUUCGGCGAUUGAGGCCAUGCCGCAAGCCUCACUUGUCUGGUCUGGUGUCUGUGUUGCCUUGGAGCAGACCGAAACGAGUCGUAAUGGGAUCGAGUACGUGUCGAAGCAGAUGGAGUGGUACUGCUGCCUCUCUACCGACCUUUCCGAGGAGCCCAUCCGCAAUAGCCAGCAUCCCUUAGCAACUAAAUACGAAUGGGACAAUCGAAUUACCGACCUCUACCAACAACUUCUUCUAUACCAGAUGAAGACUGUCUAUUCCUUUUACCGUCACCGCGGCCUCGUCUUGCGCGAUAUCGUCAACCUGGACGAUUGGACCGGCGAGCUGACUGCCAUACGGGACGCUGAGGGGCGCUUCAAAGCCGAUACCACCAUCUACACUGCACUACAGGCUAAUUCCUAUCUACGCCAACUUGUGGUCCAGCAGCUGUUCGAGAAAGAACUACAAUACAUACAGCACUUGCGACUUACCGACCCCCGCGACGACAAGAAGCGCAUUGAGCAUGACAAAGGCGGCCUACUUGAGUGUUCGUAUCGGUGGGUUCUCCAGAAACCCGAGUUCACGCAGUGGCGUGACAAUCAAGGGAGCCGUCUGCUCUGGAUCCUUGGCGACCCCGGAAAGGGCAAGACCAUGCUGCUCUGCGGCAUCAUCGACCAGCUACGCCGAGAAGUACACCAGGCCACGAUCCCCGGCCUACUCUCCUUCUGCCAAGCCACCAACAAGCGCAUCAACAACGCCACCGCCGUGGUCCGCGGCCUCCUCUACAUGCUCAUCGAGCAGCGACUAUCCCUCCUCAGGCAUGUGCGCAAGAAGCACGAGCACGCCGGCGAGCGGCUGUUCGAGGAAGAGAACGCCUGGUUCGCACUGUCGGAGAUCUUGGCCAAUGUGCUGCAGGAUCCGGCCCUUCCAAGCGCCUGUCUCAUAAUCGACGCGCUAGACGAGUGCGCCGACGACCGAGAUCGACGUAAUCUUCUCCAAUUCAUUGUCUGCCAGUCGUCCGUCUCUACUCGCGUUAAAUGGAUCGCUUCUAGUCGAAAUUGGCCGCAAAUCCAAGAGGAGUUGAAAGUAGCGCAGAACGUCCCCCUUAGCCUCGAGCUAAAUGCGGAAUCAGUUGCUGCUGCUGUCGAUUUUUAUAUCCGUCAUAAGACCAGCCAGUUAUCAGAGAAGAAAGCUUACGACGACGAGACAGAAACGGCUAUCCGGGACUACCUCUCCUCAUACGCGGACGGCACCUUUCUCUGGGUAGCCCUGGUCUGCCAGAACCUCGAGUCGGUCCCGCAAUGGAACGCCAUCACCGAGCUGAGCACCUUUCCCCCUGGCCUAGAUAGCUUGUAUGGCCGGAUGUUGGGCCGGCUAAACAGUUCAGGGGAUGUCGAGCGCUGUCGGCAUACGCUUGCCAUCGCAUCAGUUGUUCGCAGACCCCUUGUCUUACAAGAGUUGCUACUUUUUAUAGACGGGUUACAACAUGUUAAAGAUUCCCUAGGGGCUCUUCGGGGGAUUAUCGGGUUCUGUGGCUCGUUUCUCUUCCUUCGAGGCGACAAAGUUUACUUUGUCCAUCAAUCAGCUCAAGACUUUCUCGUCGGCAACAAAUCCGCUAUCUUUCCAUCUGGAGUAGAAGAGAUACACUACAUAAUCUUCUCAAAGUCGCUCAGCGCCAUAUCCAAAACACUCAGCCGUGACAUGUACGGCCUCCGCGCUCCUGGCUCGCUUAUUAGUAGUAUCAAAACGCCUUGUCCAGACCCGCUGGCGACGGUACGGUACACGUGCGUCUACUGGGUUGAGCAUCUCUGCGCGUCGGGGCGAAGAGAUGACCUCCAGGACCACGGCUUGGUUCACACAUUUCUUGAGAAGUAUCUCUGCUGGCUUGAGGGCCUAAGUUUGGUCGCAGGCAUGUCGGACGGCGUCCUAGCAAUGAGGCAGCUAGAAAAUUUCCUAGUAAGUACAAGCGGCACGAAAUCUACGCUUUUCUAACGUAUAUUUAGGGGCAUAUAGGGAUGGACCCUUUGGUGUCACUAGUCCGAGAUGCCAAGCGGU